AUGACUUUUCCAAGAUCACACUUUCAAGGAACUCAUGACAGUGAAGCCGACCCAAAUAGAAUUACACAUGUUAAUGAUGUUGCACUUGUUCGUAAUUGCACAUCACCUAAUCAGCGAAACAAUACGAGUCAAUCUGAUACAGCUUUGAAGGAUGCAGUAAUAUCAUAUGUUAACAUGGACGCCAGAGAAAAUGGUGCAUUAUCACGUCGUCCUCAAGAAUCAGGACAUGCUUUUCGAGCAAAGCACAAUAUUGCUCGAAAUUUCAAAAAUAAUAUGAUGAUGGCAAAAUCCCGGUUGCCUCAUCCAUUUACCUGUAGACACUGCAAUGCAAGAUUGUUUCAUCAUGAAUCACGUGACACGUGUUGUAAUGGUGGAAAGGUAUCAUUCUCACGAGUUGAUGCUCCUAUAGAAUUGCAACAAUUAUUUUUGAAUGAUUCAGCUGAAGGAAAACAUUUUAGGCAACAUAUUCGAAGUUAUAACCAUGUGCUUUCAUUCACUUCAAUUGGUGUUCAUGUUGAUGAGAAUAUUAUUGCAUCUGGUCGUGGUAUAUACACAUUUCGUGCUCAAGGUGCUUUUUACCAUAACAUAUGA